UCUUAAAAAAAAAAAAAAAAAAAAAGAAGAAGAAGCAGAUAUUCCAGCAGGGGAAUAACACAAUAUACAAUAAACCAUGGAAAAUCAAUGAUAUGAUGUGUUAACAGGUAAAAAGUUAUGACAAUGAAAAGCAGAAAGUAAAGGAGCUGAGAAGUGCCAGAUCUCAGGGAAGGCCUCCAGAGGGUCAUGUGUGAGCCAAGAUACAAAGGAAGCAAUGGAGGGGGCCAAUCGAAUAUCUAGGAAAAGAGUUUCCAGGCAGAACAAAUAGUCCAAAGGUCAUGGGGCAGGAGACUGCAUGGAAGUUUUCAAGCCCCAACAAGGAGGCCACUGUGGCUGGAGAUUGGUCAGGGAAGCAAUGGGAGGCCAGAUCCCAUAGGACCUUGUUGGCAAUUAGGUGGACUGUGUCUUGGAUUCCAGAAAGGGCCGGGAAGGAGUCUGAGCCAAAUAAGGGCCUAGUGUGACUUAGGGGCCAAAUGUGAACAGGCCAUGGGGUGUGAGUGCAGAAGCAGGGCAAUCUGUGAGGUUGCGGUGACUGCACUGGUCUAGGCGAGAGAUGAUGGUGGCUCAUGCCAGCCCAGUGAAUGUGAAGGUGGUGGGCAACGGGCAGAUUCUGAAGCUGGAGCCAAUGGGACUUGCCAGGGGCCCAUGUCACCCUGAGGCUUUGGGUCGGAGUCAUCUGCCAGGAUUAGCUGGGUCAGAGGGAGCAUGGUAGGAGCCGUCCCAGAUGGCCUGGCCGUGGGGCAGGUGCUGUGACGGGACCCUGGGCACACUGGGGACACAGAAGAGGAGGCCCUGCCCCUGCAGGAAGUAGCAGGCUGUGGUGGAAGCAGGUGCGGCCAAGGCGAGGCCCAUGCUGCCGAACCCCCAGGCAUACCAGCCCCCAGAAGCUCUGGGGACAGGGCUGAGGGAGCAGGAAAGCGUAGGUAUGGGAGCCUCUGGCCCAAGAGAGCUCCCUUUGGGGCAGGGGCCACGGGCUGAGGUGUGAGGGGGGCAGCCCUCUCGGGACAGGGAGCACCCUGGCAGGGGUGUCAGCGUGCCCAGGCCACAUCUGCCACCACCCCCAAUCCCAGUCUCCCACUGACCUGAGAUGGGGCUCUAGGCCUCUGCUUCUCCCCAGACUUUCCCUGACCACGGGUGUGAGCCCCCCUGGGGCUGUGGUGAAUUAUUAGGCUGGGGUGGGGGUGGAGGGAAUGGAAAGAGGAAGUACUGAAGGGGCUGUUUGCCAUCUGCCUAUGCAAAUGGCCUCUGAGUCAGCGCACCCCCCCAACCCUUUCUCUCUCGGCCUGGUGGGGGCGAGGGAGGGGGCUGCUGGGUUUUUUCUUAAUUCUCACUUCCUCUGUUCUCUGAGCUGAUGAGGGAAGGGGCUGCGAGCGCCAAGCAUCCUUUCCUACAGCUGCUGCCUAGUCUGCGGGUCAGACCCUCUGGAGAAGCCCCCGCUCCCUGUCAUGGGCCCCUGCUCUGGCGCCCUGCACCCCCUGUCUCUCCUGGUGCAGGCUGCCACGCUGGCCGUGGUCCUGGCCCCAGGCGCCCUGCCUCCCUUCCUGCCCUGCGAGCUCCAGCCCCAUGGCCUGGUGGAUUGUAAAUGGCUCUUCCUCAAGUCUGUGCCCCGCUUCUCGGCGGCCGCGCCUCGUGGGAACAUCACCAGCCUCUGGCUGCACUCCAACCGCAUCCACCACCUCCACGACUCCGACUUUGUCCACCUGUCCGGCCUGCGGCGUCUCAACCUCAAGUGGAACUGCCCCCCGGCUGGCCUCAGCCCCAUGCACUUCCCCUGCCACAUGACCAUCGAGCCCAACACCUUCCUGGCUGUGCCCACCCUGGAGGAACUGAACCUCAGCUACAACGGCAUUAGCACCGUGCCCGCCCUGCCCAGCUCCCUCACGUCCCUGGUCCUGAGCCGCACCAACAUCCUGACACUGGACUCCGCCAGCCUCGCGGGCCUGCACGCCCUGCGCCACCUCUACCUGGACGGCAACUGCUACUAUAAGAACCCCUGCCAGGAGGCCUUGCAGGUGGCCCCAGGCGCCCUCCUCGGCCUGAGCAACCUCACACACCUGUCGCUCAAGUACAACAACCUGACCGUGGUGCCUCGCCGCCUGCCCCCCAGCCUGGAGUCCCUGCUUCUGUCCUACAACCACAUCGUCACCCUGGUCCCCGAUGACCUAGCCAAUUUGACUGCCCUGCGUGUGCUGGACAUGGGCGGGAACUGUCGCCGCUGCGACCAUGCCCGCAAUCCCUGCAGGGAAUGCCCCAAAGGGUUCCCCAAGCUGCACCAGGACACCUUCAGCCAUCUGAGCCACCUCGAAGGCCUGGUGUUGAAGGACAGCUCCCUCCACAGCCUGGACCCCAGGUGGUUCCGCAGCCUGGGCAACCUCCUGAAGCUGGACCUGAGCGAGAACUUCCUGUACGACUGCAUCACCAAGACCAAGGCCUUCCACGGCCUGGGCCGGCUGCGCAAACUCAACCUGUCCUUCAACUACCACAAGAAGGUGUCCUUCGCCCACCUGCCCCUGGCGCCCUCCUUCGGGAGCCUGCGGUCCCUGUGGAAGCUGGACAUGCACGGUAUCUUCUUCCGCUCGCUCAGUGAGACCACGCUCCGGCCGUUGGCCCACCUGCAGGUGCUCCGGCACCUGCGCCUGCAGCUCAACUUCAUCAACCAGGCCCAGCUCAGCAUCUUCGGGGCCUUCCCGGGCCUGCGCUACGUGGACCUGUCCGACAACCGCAUCAGUGGGGCCGCGGAGCCACCGGCGGCCGUGGGGCAGGUGGGCGGGGUGGAGCGAGGCCAGCGGCUGCCAGGGGACUUGGCUCCAGGCCCGCGGGGCCCACGGGGUCCCCGAGGCUCUGAGGACUUCAUGCCGAGCUGCAAGCCGCUCCGCUUCACCCUGGACCUGUCACGGAACAACGUGGUGACAGUCCAGUCGGAGAUGUUCACCCAGCUCUCGCGCCUGCAGUGCCUGUGCCUGAGUCACAACAGCAUCUCGCAGGCGGUCAACGGCUCCCAGUUCACGCCGCUCACCAGCCUGCGGGUGCUGGACUUGUCCCAUAACAAGCUGGACCUGUACCACGGCGGCUCCUUCACGGAGCUGCCGCGGCUCGAGGCCCUGGACCUCAGCUACAACAGCCAGCCCUUCAGCAUGCGCGGCGUGGGCCACAACCUCAGCUUCGUGGCGCAGCUGCCGGCCCUGCGCUACCUCAGCCUGGCGCACAACGACAUCCACAGCCGCGUAUCCCAGCAGCUGCGCAGCGCCUCACUGCGGGCCCUGGACUUCAGCGGCAACGCCCUGAGCCAGAUGUGGGCCGAGGGGGACCUCUACCUCCGCUUCUUCCAAGGCCUGAGGAACCUGGUCCGACUGGACCUGUCCCAGAAUCGCCUGCACAUCCUCCUGCCCCGCAACCUGGCCCACCUGCCCAGGGGCCUACGGCUGCUGCGUCUCCGCGACAAUUACCUGGCUUUCUUCAACUGGAGCAGCCUGGCCCUCCUCCCCAGACUGGAGGCCCUGGACCUGGCGGGGAACCAGCUGAAGGCGCUGAGCAAUGGCACCUUGCCUAACGGCACCCUGCUGCAGAGGCUGGACCUCAGUGGCAACAGCAUCGGCUUCGUGGACCCUGGCUUCUUCGCCCUGGCCGAGGGGCUGCGAGAGAUCAACCUCAGCGCCAACGCCCUCAAGACGGUGGAGCCCUCCUGGUUUGGCCCCGUGGCCGGCGCCCUGAAAGUCCUGGACGUGACUGCCAACCCCUUGCACUGCGCCUGCGGGGCGGCCUUCGUGGACUUCUUGCUGGAGGUCCAGGCCGCCGUGCCCGGCCUGCCCAGCCACGUGCGCUGUGGCAGCCCCGGCCAGCUGCAGGGCCGCAGCAUCUUUGCGCAGGACCUGCGCCUCUGCCUGGACGAGGCUCUCUCCUGGGACUGUUUUGGCCUCUCGCUGCUGACUGUGGCCCUGAGCCUGACUGUGCCCGUGCUCCACCACAUGUGUGGCUGGGACCUCUGGUACUGCUUCCACCUGGGCCUGGCCUGGCUGCCGCGGCGCCGGCGGCAAUGUGGCGCCGACGCCCUGCCCUACGAUGCCUUCGUGGUGUUCGACAAGGCGCAGAGCUCGGUGGCCGACUGGGUGUACAACGAGCUGCGGGUCCAGCUGGAGGAGCGCCGCGGGCGCCGGGCGCUGCGCCUGUGUCUGGAGGAACGCGACUGGCUGCCUGGCAAGACGCUCUUCGAGAACUUGUGGACCUCCGUGUACAGCAGCCGCAAGACGCUCUUCGUGCUGGCCCACACGGACAGCGUCAGCGGCCUCUUGCGCGCCAGCUUCCUGCUGGCUCAGCAGCGCCUGCUGGAGGACCGCAAGGAUGUCGUGGUGCUGGUGAUACUGUGCCCUGAUGCCCACCGCUCCCGCUAUGUGCGGCUGCGCCAGCGCCUCUGCCGCCAGAGCGUCCUCCUCUGGCCCCAGCAACCUCGAGGUCAGCGCAGCUUCUGGGCCCAGCUGGGCACGGCCCUGACCAGGGACAACCGCCACUUCUAUAACCAGAACUUCUGCCGCGGCCCUACGACAGCCGAAUAGCCUGGGGACAGCCCAAUAGCCCGGGGACAGCCCAGCAUGCCACCCCACCUCCACCUGGCCUGUCUGCCCCACGCCACUGCUCUGCCUCCCCCGCUCCCACCCCUGGCAUACAGCAGGCGCUCAAUAAAUGCUACUGGUAGACCAGACGGCUCACUCAGAGCUCACCGGAGGUUCGGGUGGGAGGAAAGAAGGGAGAAUGCACCGGCCAAGCUUUCCUUCCUGCAGUGAGGAGGGACAAGAUGUGGUUGGGGAGAAAUGGCCAAGCAGGAAAAGGGAGGGCCCAGAGAACGCAGGUGUGCAGGGGAGGGAAGGUGUUUAAGGGCAUUUGUGUUUACGAGCAUCUUCUCAGGGGAGUUUGAGGAAGGUCACUGAAUGUGGUCUUGGUCCUUCCCAGAGAACAAGCUGGGUCUCCUGUCCCGUUCAGACCCCUCCCCAUGUGCCCUCCCCUUCCCUUCCCAGGCUGCACUAGGGCACUUGGUGCAGACUGGGUCAAAGCAGCCCUCUGUUAGAUAUUGGCCUCGGGAUCUGCCUCCCACACCCCGCAGGACUGAAAAUGUCUUGAGCGCAGAGCCCCUGCAGGCCGGCUUCAUUUCUGGCCCCAAGCAAAGUCCUGAGAGGCAGCAGCCCUGGUGAGUGUCCAUUCCCAUUGGUGGCGAUGGGGGUGGGGGGCGCUUUGUGCUGAGUUCAGAGGGGGCAUUUGCGCCCUCUGGUGGCCAAGCCUGUGCUGUGCCAGGGAGGCUGGCCGGGUUGGGGAAGAAAGACACCUCUGGGGAGAUCCCCGCAGCAGGGAGCUGGGAGCCACAGAAGAUUCUAGAGUGAGCUCACAAUCCAUCGCUUUCUGUUUUCAACUAGAGUACAUUCUGGGUCUCUCUGUUCUGACAUCAAAGGGACACCUGGGUGAGCCACCACCUGGCUACAAAGGUGGGACCUACCUUCCCUGCCCCUGCCUCUCUCCGCUGAUUGCACUGGGGUGGGAGGCACAGCCACAUCUGAGAGGAUGGAGGAUGUGUGUGUGUUUCUAGUUCUGCUAUCCAGUGUGGAGUUCCAGAUGCUGCUUGGAGCACCAGUGUUUGGAGACAGCCGAGUGUUGGGAGGGGAGGUGCUGUGGGUCAGGUCAGGCCCAGACCCUUGGAAGUCGCUUUGUUCUGGGCUGCUGCCUCACUGUCCCCACAACUGAACCUGCCGUUUGAGGAGCAGAUGAGACAUGUGUAGUCAGAUAGCUGGCACUGGGGCCAGGGAUGGUAGGAGAGUGGAACUAGCUUGGGCAGGCUCGGGACUGGUGGGGGCCAGCCUGGCCACUCCUGGCUUCUGGGUUGGAAGGUUGAUGCUGGCCGCAGAUUUGGCUAAUUUUACAUAGCCUGACUGUGGGCAGCCCUGCGGUUUUGGGGGUGGGGUACUGCUUUACCCCCUCUCUGGGUCAUAGCUGGGAGAGAAAUGUAGGCCAACUUCCUCUUUCUGACUUGGGCACAGGGGCUCCUGUGGUAGGCUGGUGGCCCCUGUUAUCUGCUUGCCUGACAGAAAGAGGGGUGCUUAGAUGGCUCAGUUGGUUAAGCAUCUGCCUUUGGCUCAGGUCAUGAUCCCAGGGUCCUGGGAUCAAGUCCCACAUCAGA